AUCCUUCUUUCCGCGGGGAACAGAAUUGCUUGGCAGGUUAAAUUGGACUUGUGAAAAAAGUAUAAAAUGCUGCAAUUAUUUGCUCCCGUUGCUUGACAGAUUUCCCAAUUGAGAACAAAAAUGUCUCUUUACACACAUUCUUUCCAAUACUUACCUCCUCCUCCAAGGUCUGCGUUCUCAUGGGGAGCAGAAAGUACAAGGGCCAAAUUGCCGGAUUUUGUCGAUGUGAACGAAUUGCAAGAAUUCGUUCUUCGCUUGUUCAUUUAUCGAUUUCAGGUCACGCAUAUCACUCUACAGAUCCUCGUUGGAGUUGCGUGCUUGGGAUUUCUGAUAGUAAUUUCAGCUUUGAUUAUCGCAAGAAGAAUGUACGAGCGAAACUUUUGGAUCUUUCGUUUAGCCAAAACGCCUUCUGGAACGAUUAUGGUACCAAACACGAUGUUAUCAUUUAUCGUGAUCGAAAGUGGAUUCGUGGUUGUUUUGAUUGCGUUUUUAUCGGAGAUCAAGGAUUAUUACAGCUCAGAUCCUAAUCAAGUCAAAAACAUCAUCCUUUGGAUUUUAUUGCCUUGGUGCAUUUUAAUUUUUGGCCCAUUCUUUGCUGCUUUAGGAACGCAUUAUGCAACUCCUCGGACAAUGGAAAGCUUAACAGUAGAAAGGAAUAGUGGUACGAAAAGAUGGUUAAAAAGUUUUCUCUCCAAUGCUAUCCUUGCAAAUAUUUUGGCAAUCGUAAUUCCAUCGUUGACGUGCAUCACGGUUGCUGUUCCUGCCUUUGUUGCCAAUGCAAGCUAUAUGCGAGCAAAAGAACACCAAGAACAAUGGCUAAGACAAUAUCAAAAUGCGACCCAAUUCACACAAGAAAUGGUAACAGGAGCACAAAUGGUUUGGUAUGAAACUUUGCCGAGUUUGCGUCUUACUUGCAUCACGCUUUGUAUUUGGUUCUUUUGGGCAAUCUUUUGUUUCUUCUUGUAUACCACUCUUUCUCUUCGUUUGAUUAGAGCGAUUUAUAAAGAAGUGAAAAAGACCAAAAGAGAAGAAAUGCUAUUCAUUGCCACUCGAACACAAAAUUCACCUUCUCAAGAUCAAAGAAAGUCAAAGAAAGCUAUCACACAAACACAAAAAAAUCCAGAAAAUGAAACAAUUCAACAAAAUUCAGGAGAAAGUAUCGAGAUGAACAUACGACCUGCAUUCAGAUUACCUGGUAUAAGGGAAGAACAAGAACAAGGAAAUCCGUAUCAAAUAAGAAGUAUUGAUACAAUGCAAUAUGAUCUACAAAGUGCCCUCAAUUUGGAUGCUUUUGAACUUAGUAGACGUGAAUCUUUGCAAGUUCCAUCUGACGCAAAUGCAAGGACGACAUACCCAAAAUCUCCGCAAGAGAAGGCAAGAUCUACGUCACGAUCCAGCUUCAUAAUCGACAGUACCGCAAGCGGAAGCGAGAGCAAGUACAUGAAAAUACGGAUGCCACAUCUGGUUAUCACGCAAAGAAAGUUGGAUAAAAGAAGGAAAGAAAGUAUGAUAGCCUCAAUCGACGAGCAAAAGAGAGAACUUAAAAGGGCAGCUUUCAACAUACUCGCACAAUGUUUAGCAAUCAGUCCAGGAUGUGCACUCAUGGGAGGAAUCGCAUUGAUGCUUGCUUUAACGAUUUAUGGUGGUUUUGAACAACCUUCUCAAGAUCGAACAGGAACGUAUUUUGAACGUUUUACCGGUAUUGCAAUCUUGUUUGUGAUUUAUACAAUUAUCACUUUUGGGUCAGUUUGCUUCUUGUGUGUCUUCUUUCGCGUGUACGAGCCAAUCUUUGUCAAGAGCGGUCAUUCGUCAAGGGAUACGGAGUCUAGGGAAACAAUGAUUGACAGAAACCCAGAAGAAGAGAGUUGAAAUUCCUUUGAGCCAAUUAAGAUGGUCACACACUCUUUCAUACAAGCCUAACUUCCAUCAACCAUUUUACACAAAAACUGUACACACUCUUUUUUACCAAAUCUCAAUGACAUGUAUAUUUCUC